ACGUUAAAUUAGCAAUUAGAGUGCGGCCGUUUACUGAAAGGGAACUUAAAUCAGAGAUGGAUCGAGUCUCCGUUGUUGAUGUUAUCGAUGAUCAUACGGUUACCAUCACUAAUGUAAAAGUUAGUGCGUCAGGCGCUGGAGACAGCCGCGAGCGUGUGCGUCGUUACAAUGCCGACUACACUUUCGACAGCGCUUGUCAGUCUACUGAACCGUCGUACGCUUCUCAGGAGAAGGUGUUUGAAACUAUUGGGCGCGAGGUGGUGGCCAGUGUAACCCGGGGGUCAUCAGCGUGUGUGCUGGCGUAUGGGCAGAGCGCUACGGGAAAGACGCACACCAUGAUGGGCACUGAUGCUGAACCUGGGUUGGUACCUAGACUCUGCAGGGAGUUGGCUUUGGGGCAUCCUUUGGACAUAACUAUCAGUUUCCUCGAGAUCUACAACGAGCGCGUCCACGACUUGCUGGCGGGCGAAACGCCAUCGCCUCUGGCGUGUUACUCGCUGCCUCGGCGCAGGGGUAAUACACGCAAGGAUUUGCGUGUGCGUGAACAUCCUUUAAGAGGACCUUAUGUGCAAAAUCUACGCCGUGUAGCUGUGACCGAUGUAGCAACCCUCCUGUCACUGGUCGAAGAAGGAGCUCGCAGACGUCGAACUGCGGCCACAAGGCGCAACGCCACCUCUUCGAGGUCUCAUGCUUUGCUGGAGCUGGCUACAUCGAGAGCUACGCUCCAUUUAGCUGAUCUAGCUGGCAGUGAAAAAGCGAGCUGGGAAGGUUGCGGCGGAGGACGGAAGAAGGAAGGAGCCAACAUCAAUAAGUCUCUUGUGGCUUUAAGCAACGUUAUAUCGGCGCUUGUAAGUGGCGGCGCCCGUGGCAAAUUUGUGCCAUAUCGAGAUUCCGCUCUAACUUGGCUCCUCAAGGAUUGCUUCACCGGCGGCGCCAGCACCUUCAUUAUAGCAACUGUUUCACCGAGUGUGGCGUGCUACGGCGAAUCAGCGUCCACGCUCCGUUGGGCUGAGCGUGCGCGUCACUUGCGGACACCACGCACCUCCGUGAUAGGUCCCAUCACCGCCUCACGCGCUGCUUUGCAAGCACAGCUAUCUCAACUACUCGCUGAACUCUAUAAAUAUCACAUUCGAUAUAUUUCUGGAAAAAUAUUCUUUGAAGAUGAACACUGGAUUCUACGUGAAAAUAAUAAAAAUGCCGAAGCAGUCCAGAGUGUAAAUACAGACGCAAAAAUAGGUAACCUAAUGGACAUGUUUAAGCCAAAGGCUGAGGCCCAUAAUUCAGAAUCUACAGCUUCAUCAGCUGCCAGUGGCAGCUCAGAGACAAUUAAUACUUCAACAAUGGACAAAAUUAUAGAUCUUAAAACAGAAGUUACCAAAGAAGUUGAUAAAUUAUUCGGCCCAGCUUUAGAACGGACAAGAAGUGGCAGCGAUCUCGGAGCUGUAGUUCCUCUACGUCACAAAAGAAAACAAUAUAAAUCACAAGAAAUGCUACCAAUUGACAGGCCUUUACAAAUAUACACUGAUGCUGCAAAGAAGUCGCCCAAUGAAAGUCAAGAAGGCUUAAAUGUAGGCGAAAGCACAAGCAACAAGAAAAUUCCUAUUCUCUACGAUAAUCAAAGAGCUGAAAUCGUAGCAUCAGUUACCGAAAGACUUUACUCUAAGUUGAGAAAGAAAGAGGAAGCAGCAGUAUCGAAAAUGGAAUCAAUAGUCGACAGAAAAAUCGUAGAACCACUCAGUGAGUUAAGGAUUUGUACGAAUGCGCGUCAGCGUCUCAUAGAGAUAAGUCAAAAAGCAAUGAGAAAUAAGCGACGUAUAGGUAUUCCUGCUCAUACUCAAACACGAUUAAUAGUCACUCGCGUUAGAGAACAGGGCACCGAUGUCCAAACUGAUCUUGAAUCGUAUAUUUUUGGAAAAGAUAAAUCUUUCACUCUCCAACGUGACGUUGGUACAGAAACCGUUCCAAUAACACCGCGUUGUAAGGAGGUUGGUGUUGGCUCUAAAGCCAGCUCUUUGAAUUAUCGUGAUACAGCAACAGCUACAGAUCACAAACCAAUAAUCCGCGAUUCUUUCACGAAUACUGAUACUGUACUGAAAUACGAUCGUUGCUCACAGACUCAAGUUGCUCCGCCACCUAGGAACAAAAGACGAGCUUCAGCUUUUUGUAAACAAAUUGAAAAUGUUGCAGCUACAUCUGAGUAUUACACCCCUUCUGUUAUUAGUAUUAAUAUAUCUCAACAAUAUCCGAUGGAUUCAGAAUCUCAAAGCUCGGAUGAUAACACGAAUUGUGGGAUUAAUGAAACACAAAAGAAAUCGAUUGUGAAUGUAACAGCUACACCCGAUUUGCUUACGAAUCAUAAUACGAUUGAUUCUAGCAUUCAUCAAGAGGCUGAAUUGGGUGAAGUUUGUGAUGCAGAUGAGAAUGAAGUUUUACCUACCACAUUGGAGGCAAACUUACCAAUUUUUCAAUUGUCAAGACAAGAUACCGAUGAUUUUCCAGAAACAGAAGAAUGUUGUCUGCCUCGUGUUAAGAUUGAUCCUUCAAGAACAGUGACGCCAGGGGAGAUCAAAAACAUGAUUUUGGGACGGAAUGUUAACAUGUACCCAUAUAAUAUUGUUCUAUCACCACCAAAAGAAAGGGAAAAUUCUAAGAAGAUUGUUCAAUUUCAAGAAACUGUAGUUGCUCCUGUUUUAUCGGAAACUACCAAAACAUGCGAAUCACAAAUUAUCAACUGCAAGGCAAAUUCUAGUUCAGAUAUAACAACUUCAGAAAGAGACUGUUGUAACAAUUCUAAUUGCUCGCAAGGAUCAGAUUCUGACUUUACAGAUUCCAGUAGAGCUGAUGAUGAUUGCUUUGUUUGGAAAAGUUUUAAAAGGGCACAAUAUUACAGGUCUGUAGGCAAAGGAAAUACGUCAGUCUUUAAAGGCCCUAAAUAUAGAGCAGAAAAAACCAAGAUUUACAAGGAAUUUUUGGGUCUAGAAACGAAACAACCAGACGAGGCAAAACCAUCGUUACUUAGAAAUACCAAAGAUUUGACUUCAAGUGACAGUACGGAAAAUGAAAGAGCGCGCUUAAAUUUUAUGCAGCGGAGACAAUUUUUUGAAGACAAGUUUACCCUUGAUGAAGGAAACGGUUCGAGUGAUACUUUUUCUUACAUGGAAAAGGGAAUUCUCAAUUCUUGCUACAGCCUUGAUGCUGCUGUAAGCAAGUAUGAGAAAUAUUUGAGUGGUUACAAUAAUAGAUUACACCACAACGCUGGGAACUUCAGAAGAGGUUCGGUAAGCAGAACUCCUACGGAAUAUUUACAUUAUUUGGUAAAUUUACGCAAAGAGCUCGUCAAAGACGUGUCAGAUGGUUCUACCGGAUUAUCUCGUAAAUAA